UUUUGUGCAGGUUCCCCAAAUAAAGUGUCCGUAAAUAUUAGGUUUCUUUCUUGCCCAACUCUCUUUUAACUCCUAAACCCUGGUAGCAAUUACGCGGGAGAGACCAAAAGAUAGGAAGAUGUCUCAACUCCAAAACCCUAGAAAAUGGAGAUACACAUGGGAAACCCUAUCUCAUCUCUCAACUCUGAAAUUAUUUCUCUUCAAUCCUGAUGUUAAGCCUGCAACUCAAUGUAGAACCCUAAAAGUUGAUCUCAGAUUUGAAGAAUCUUUGCUUCUUGUUACUUGGGAGGAGGAAAUUCUAGUUGAGGGUUUUGUUGGUAACUCACUUAGGGUUCCUAUACCUAAGGUUUUAAUCCAAGUCGAUUCUCCACUGGAUUUUAAAGCAACUGAGGAUCAUAUUGAGGUUAAACUGGUAUUGGUUCUUCCUGUUGAUCACCCUCUUGUUGCAAAUUUUAAUUCGGUUCUGAAUUUGUCUGAUGAGGGUUCUGCUGAGGUUUCGGAUUCUUUUCAGCCCCUUUCAAUUGAUUCUGAUAUAAAACACCUAUUGUCUGGGAAUGCCAUGGAUUUUUAUUGCAAGAAUUGCUCAUAUAAACUGACAAAAACACCUCUCAGAUCUUUUGUGGAAAUGCCAUCAUUUGAUUGGCGUGAGGUAGCUGAUAAUUGGUUUGGGACCUGUUGUUGUUCAUUUGGAGGUAUAAGUGAGAUACUGGUUAAAAAGUAUGCCAACUCUUAUUCAUCUGUAAAGGGUAUAUGCUUAUAUGACGCAACUUGUGUGGUUGUCAGCAAGGAUGACAUUUCUGGAUAUGUAUUUCCUGAUUCCUUGGAGGGAAACGAAAAGUAUGUCCAAGAAUCUGGUCUUGCCAGUGAAGAAUGUGUGACGGAGUCCGGGAUAGAUCCGCAGAACGGCCGUUCAGAAGGCUUAUGUUGUGGGACUGAUGAAAGAGAUAGAACAGCUAAUGGUGAUGACAAACCUAGCUGCAUACCUGCUGUUUCCAUCCUAGAUGAUGAAGUUAAUGGAAGACAUAGUUUCCCGCAUGCCUCACUUUGCACAUCUCUGUCAGGUUUAGAUUUAUCUGAAAAUAUGGUGAAAGAAGAUGGAUCUUCUUCAAAUGACCAUAGCCAUUGUUGUAUGGAGAAGACAAGUUUCAUUCAAAGCCUAGAAGAUUGUAUGGAGAAGACAAGUUCUGAGAAUCAAGAACUUACGAAUAAUUUUAAGCUCCUAAAAGAUCAAAGAUCUGUCCUUAAUGGGUCUCUUGGAAAUGGUUUCAUGGUUAGAACCUCUAACCUUUCGAAAAAUGUUGAAUGGAUAGAAUUCCCUUGCAGUCAGUGUUCUCACAUUGUUGGAGCAUAUCCUUCAAUGCAUAAUGGACAUGCACCACUGGAUGGCGGUAUUCGGUUUUUCAAGUGUUACAUUUCCUCAAAUUUACCUGCCGGUGGAGUAGGAGAUGUAUUCAGGAAGCAUUCCCUAGAAAGAAUGUUCGCAAAUCAAUUGAUAGAAAGUGCAAAUGAGGAAUUAUCAUUCCGAACUGUAGUGAGGGAUCUUAAAACCAACUCUCCUAUGCUCCAAAUUGUUCUCCUAAAUACAAAUGCCUGGUGUUGUAGUGGUUUUUGUGUGGAAACAGGGGGUGCUACUGGACCUAUUUCAAAGACAAAUUUGCAGGCUGUCGUUAAGGUGCUAUUUUCAGAUGGACGCAACACCACUGAAGCUCAAUCAAGGAUGCUAGAGGAGUGGGUAACCAAGAAACAAGCCCAUGAGGUUUACAUGUUGGCUCAUCAGAUAGAAGAAUUAAGUGAAUCCUUAAGAUCAGCACAGGGCAAAAUUCCCUUUUCAUGUUCUUUUAUGCCAGGGUUGACUCUCUCAUCACUGGAGAGGUGAUAUUUAUCUGUACAUUCAGAGAAGUGUGGCUAUACCCAUACUUCUAAACGAAGCUCUGAUCAAUGAGUUCAGGGCUAUGACUUGCAUUUUAGAAGAUAGAAAAACUAAUGUUACAGAAUGUAAUGGUACCAUCUGAAGAUUUUUUUUUUUUCUUGUUUGAAGCCAUACAAGGUUGUUGUUUCUCCAAUUUACAUGUUGACAAAACUUGUUUACGUU